AUGGAAGAUAUUCACCUACUUAUGAUGUUCUUUGUUUUUGUAGGCUGUUUAGCAAAUGGCUCAACUUUGAUAACAUUCGAUGAUAUCGAUAAUCUGACUAACUCUAGUUAUAAUAUACAGAUUCCUAAUGGUUACUCUAAUUUACAGUGGAGUAAUGUUUAUAUUUUACAAGCCUCACUUUAUCCAUCAUCCGGUUAUGUAACAGCAUUAACUAGCGGUCAAGAUGUAGCAUUCAAUUGGUAUGGACGUCCAAUGAAUAUAUCUUCAUCGAUUCUAUUUACAAUUAAUUCAUUUAUUGCUGCAUCUGCCUGGUACGAUAACAAUACAGUGAUAAUGCAAGGCUACCAAUCUGGCACACUUCUCUAUAGUCAAACUGUAACAUUGUACAUAAAAACAAGUCUGCUUGUCCAAUUAAAUUGGAUUAAUAUUGAUAAUAUCGCCUUCACAUCUUCAGCACAGUGGUUUGUCAUGGACAAUUUAUGUAUUAACGGAAUUGCAUCGAAGUACAUAUUGGCGAGCGAGCAGCAUGUAUAA